AAAAAAACAAAAUACAUAAAAUACGCCUAUUUUUCUUUUAUUAAAUUGAAUAUUAAACAAAUAAUUAAUAACUAUAAGAAUUAAAAAAAAACACCAAACUAUAACCAUGGGUAAUCAAUUAGUUGGUAUAGCCCCGUCGCAAAUAUUUCCUGUUGAACAUUAUUUCUCAGGAACAUUUGGUACAGAAAUUGUUUUCGAUUCCAACAUGGGAAGUACACGAUUCUUUAAAGUUGCCAAAGCAAAAUCCGAAGAAGGUUUAAUUGUUGUAAAAGUCUUUGUAAAACACGAUCCAACUUUGCCUCUGGAAGACCACAAGGACAGAGUUGAACAAAUUAAAAAGACACUAGCUAAUUCGGUUAAUUGUCUUCCAUUUCAAAGAGUUGAGAUAACUGACAAGGCAGCUUACAUUAUGAGAGAAUUUGUUAAACAUAGUCUCUAUGAUCGUGUAUCCACACGACCAUUCCUAACAAUUCUCGAAAAGAAAUGGAUAACUUUUCAAAUUCUUUGCGCUUUGAAUCAAUGUCAUAAGCAAAAGAUUUGCCACGGUGAUAUAAAGUUGGAAAAUAUACUCAUUACAUCGUGGAAUUGGAUUCUACUCUCGGACUUUGCUUCGUUCAAGCCUACUUACCUUCCUGAGGACAAUCCAGCUGAUUAUACUUACUUCUUCGAUACAAGUCGUCGACGAACUUGCUACAUAGCUCCCGAAAGAUUCGUAAAGACUAUGACUUCUGAUGAUGCAGAGGGAAGUGUAUCUGAGUCAAUGCUUCCCACUGAUUCGCUGGUUCGAUUGGGGUCGUAUUACUCGGGGAAUACUCUCUUGCCAGCGAUGGAUAUCUUUUCGGCAGGGUGUGCACUUCUUGAACUAUGGACAGAAGGUACAGCACCAUUUGAGCUCUCUCAGCUUUUAGCGUACCGACGAGGAGAACGGGAGCUAGUUGAAAAGCAUUUAUCUGGAAUUGAGAAUGAAAAUCUUAGAAACCUACUCGCUUCAAUGAUCAACUUGAAUUCUAUUAAUCGUCGAAGUGCAGAGGACUACUUGGACCAAGAGCGUGGUCGUUUGUUUCCCGAAUAUUUCUACUCCUUCCUUCAGUCCUACUUGCAGAUGUUUUCAUCAGCACCAAUUAUGUCUCCCGAUGACAAAAUUAUGCGCCUCCACUCGGACAUAAAUCAUUGCAUUAAAGUACUUACCAACCGCCCAUUGACCAAUGACGAUGACCCGGAAUUAGAAGAGAAUCAACCAGAUAGUGACACAGAAUCGACGAAAAGUGCAUCCCAAGAACAAGAUGGACUGAUUUUGAUCAUAACUGUGGUGACUUCAUGCAUUAGAGGUCUUCAAUAUUCAAAUAGUAAAAUUUGUUGUUUGGAAAUUUUGCAAAAACUCUCAAAAUACACAACAUCGGAGACAAUUCUUGAUAGAAUUUUGCCUUAUAUCUUACACUUGGCUCAAUUUUCAUCUGCAAAAGUUCAAGUUCAAGCUAUUGAAACACUGACAACUUGUUUGGGACUUGUGAAGGAAAUACCAAGAAGUGAUGCAAAUGUUUUUCCUGAAUACAUUUUGCCAUCGAUAGCAAAACUUUCGAGCGAACAAGCUGCGGUUAUUGUUCGGGUUGCUUUUGCUAAAAAUAUUUCUAAACUUGCAAAAAUUGCAAUUUAUUUUUUGGAAGAAACACAAAGAAAUACACCAAGUGAAAUGCCAUUUAGACGUUAUCAAGCUGAAUUGAAUGCACUACAUGAAAUUAUACAACAGACUGUUUUGAGUUUACUCACUGAUUCCAAGCCGAUUGUAAAGCAAUCAUUAAUGGAAUCGGGGAUUUGUGAUUUGUGUGCGUUUUUUGGAAAAGAGAAAGCCAACGACGUCGUUCUAUCACACAUCAUGACUUUCCUCAACGAUGAAGAUAAAAACCUCCGAGGAGCUUUUUACGAUAACAUUUCUGGCGUAGCAGGAUAUGUUGGAUGGCAAGCAUCUGAUAUUUUAGUGCCUCUUCUACAACAAGGUUUCACUGAUCGCGAAGAAUUUGUCAUUGCCAAAGCCAUUCGAGCUGUGAACAUUCUCAUCGAAUUAGGUCACAUUCGAAAACCAGCAGUCACUGAAAUCAUAGCCGAAUCUGCUUGCUAUCUCUGUCAUCCAAAUUUAUGGAUUCGUCAUGAAAUUGCAGCAAUGAUUUCGACAACAGCGAAAAUUCUUCACGACAUUGAUGUGCAAUGCAAAAUUAUGCCUGCAAUUGAGAAAUUCCUUAGAACUCCAUUAAUUCAAGUUGAAAUGCCUGAAUUACUCCUGGAUAGUUUAUUACCACCGGUUCCAAGAAUUAUCUAUGAUAGUGUUGUUAAGUACUCGGAGAUCCAAAAGUUCGUUGCAACUUUGGAAGAUCGAAAGAAUGUCCGACAAAAUACACCCGAAGGAAUGCUUCCACAAUACGAUGAAGUAGGAACUUCUCUUAAGAAUCUCUUUCGUCGCCUGAUCUCAGAAGGACUAAACCAGGAAAUCGAAAUGCAACUUCUUGAAAUGAAAGCCUUCAUACUCAAAGUCAAGCACAAGCAUUCCGAACUCAAGGAACAAUCUCAGAACGGUCGUAUCCGUCUCGAUCGCGAAGAUAUCCUCUGUCAUGAUUAUCCUUUAGCCGACAAAUCAUCCAAAAUGGAUCUUAGAAAUAAGAAACGUCAAGAUGGUGAUCCAAAUUCAAACCUAGAAUGGCAACAUAUCUACAAUGAUGGACAUUCCGCUGCAGCCUCGCCAUCUGGCGAUUUAAACAUUUCCCCAGUUCAAGCAGGUAGUCCAUCGGUUGGACAAAUUCCACCAACUGCAGCUGCCUCUUUGGGUGAAUAUACCAUUCCCGAGCGAAAUCUAUGGACUGAACGUCCAUCUGAGUGUCGAUUUGAUGUUGAUAAGCUGCGUAAUAAAAUCAAAGGAAGAUACAAUGCCACUCAGAGUUAUCAUCAUGAAAGAGGAUCGUCACCAUAUCCACCAGGAUGGCGUAUGAAUGGGACGAUAAUCGCUCAUCUUUACGAGCAUCGUGGUUCGGUGAUCAAGAUGACUUCAUUGAAGCCUCAUGGAGCUGUAUUUGCAAGUGGCAGCAUAGAUGGCACUGUUCGAUUGUGGGACUGUAACAAACUCUAUGGUCAUCAUGGAAUCAAUAAAUCUAGACAAGUUUACGUUGCCAAUACGCCGAUAUAUUCCCUUGCAGCCUGUGAUGGUGGACAAUCUUUAGCUGUGGGUGGAAAGGAUGGCAGUUUGUUGAUUAUGAGAAUAGAUAGAAACUCAUCGAAAAUGACUCUUCAACAUGCAAUCCAUACAAAUGAAAAUGAACCCAACGAUGGUCCAGUUGUUGACAUGCAAACUUACGAGCAAUCAUCUCCAAGUGUCAUCAUCUAUGCCACUCUUUAUGGAGCAAUUGUUGCAUGGGAUACUCGCAUGCAGAGCAUCGCUUGGCGUCUACAAAAUGAGCUCCGUCAUGGUGUUAUCACAGCAAUUUGUGCAGAUCCCACUGGAUCAUGGCUAGCAGCUGGUACUUCUGGUGGCAAGCACAUAUGCUGGGAUUUGAGAUUCCAGCUGCCAAUUGCUGAAAUCAAGCAUCCGUCUGAUUCUUGGAUCAGAAAGGUUGCCUGUCAUCCAACUGAACCUUCGUGCUUGAUAUCAGCUACACAAUCGAAUAAUGAAGUGUCUAUUUGGAAUAUCGAAACUGGUCAUAGGCAGACUGUUUUGUGGGCUAGUAAUGCACCAGUUCUUUCAAACACCAGUUUGAAUGAUCCUUCAACAAGUUGUGGAAUUCUGGCUGGAGUUGUUGAUAAAUCACCAUUUGUCCUAACUGGAAGUUCAGAUCAAAGAAUUCGUUAUUGGGAUUUGAUGUCACCCAAAAAUUCGGCGCUAAUUGUUCCAUCGGCAAAGGAUAACUUGGCUGAUGUUUCAUUUACUUAUAGUUCCCGUUUAACUGAUGGAAGUCAAGUGAUUGAAGAAAAUAUUAUUUCUUUAGCUACCACUGAUUUGGGAUCAUUAAGAGCCUCAACUGAAGAAACACCUAGAUCUGGACCAGAAAUGCCUUCGCAUAGUCAUCAUGAUGCAAUUACAGAUCUUUUAAUGUGUAAAAAUGACAAACAACAGGUGUUCAUUGUAUCGGCUGCACGAGAUGGUGUUAUUAAAUUGUGGAAGUAAUAAUGUGGGUGUGUAGAAUAUAAGAAGAGCUUACAUAAUAAUUGUAAUCUUUUUGUUUAUUAGGAAUGUAAUUAAUUUUAUUUCUAUGAUGUAAUAUAUCUGUGAUUAUUUAAGGAA